UGACUUGUGACUUUAAUGGAACUUUUAUUUUUCGUAUUUAGGCUGCCGUCACGUGUGUCGCCCGAUCGAUCCGCCGAUAACUCGAGGCAAUGUACCGAGUGUCCCUGCGGACCGAACAUUUGUCCCGGGGCAUUGCGACGGGAAUGCGCAAGGCGCGCUCUUGUACGCCAACAUGCAGAAAGAAGUUUUCAGCGGAUAAUCGGGCCGGGCGCAUUCGGAGCAUUCAGAGCGCGAGAGAGCAGGUGGAAGCGGGUUCUCUGGAGCAGGAACUGGUUUGGUGGGAGCCGCGGCAACGAGGAGAAGGAUCGAACUGUGAGUCUGAUCAAGAUAAUGCGAAGUCUGGAUAGGCUAUCGGGUAGUGACCAAGACUGCGGUGAUCGGGAAAUGUAUAUCGAUCUGGACGACGCUUCUGUUGACUCGCUUACUGGAAAACGUAGUCGCCAUCAUGUCGUUGGCGCUGAGGUGGGCGAGGAGAGCGACAGCAGCGGAAGCGAGAGGAGUCCUAAACAGGCGAAAAGAAGAAAUCGCGGCAGCGCGCCGCCAACGACGAGAAAACGGAAAAGCGGCAUUUCCGCGCGCGAGAGGAACUUGAGGAGGCUCGAGAGCAACGAAAGAGAGAGAAUGAGAAUGCAUUCCCUCAAUGACGCUUUUGAGCAAUUACGCGAGGUAAUACCACACGUAAAAAUGGAGAGGAAGCUCAGCAAGAUAGAAACGCUCACGCUCGCGAAAAAUUAUAUAAUGGCACUGACGAAUGUCAUAUGCGAGAUGCGCGGCGAAGAACAACCGUACACAUUCGUUGACGGCGAAUGCGGUUCUAGCAGCGGUGACAGUACCGGUCAAUUAGAAUUAAGCGGCGGCGAGCAACCAGACGAAUCAUCGCCCACGUCGAUUCACGAAACCAACAACAAUAGCCUUCUCCACGAAGAUCUAGAACGCAGGAUUUAAGGAAAUUCGAUCUAAAAAAAAAAAAAAAAAGUGUCGAGACACA